UGUGUAUAUUGGGCCUCACUGUGGGCCUUGACUCUCUCUCUAACAUGUGCUCUCAACCACUCCCCUAAAUUGAAAGUGCUGCUUUGGUUCCCACAUUUAGUCCUAUAAAUACCACCUUAAGAACCCUACAACAUCCAAGCCAAGCUCGUGUGAGUUAUUUUACAUACUGUGAUGGGUACUUACAAAGGUGGUGGUGCAGUUUUGUUUGUGUUGUUGGGUUUAGCGAUAUGUUCAGCCGCUAGAACUAGAACCCUACUCACUUAUGAAGAGAUAGCCGGCCACGUUCCGGCAGUUGGGUAUGGUGGUGGAGGGUCGGGUGGGGGAGGUGGAGGAGGGUAUGGAGGUGUAGGAGAACAUGGUGGUGGGUAUGGAGGUGGUCAUGGUGGUGGAGAAGGUGGGGGUGGUGGGUAUGGAGGUGCUGGUGGUGGACAUGGUGGAGGUGGAGGCAGUGGUGGUGGAGGUGGAGGUGGUGCUGCAGGAGGAUAUGGGGGCGGUGGUGGAGAAGGUGGUGGAGCUGGGUAUGGUGCUGGAGGAGAACAUGGUGGUGGGUAUGCUGGUGGUGGAGGUGGUGGAAGUGGCGGUGGACAUGGUGGUGGUUAUUCUGGUGAGCAUGGGGCUGGUUAUGGUGGUGGUGGUGGUGAAGGUGGUGGAGCAGGAUAUGGAGGUGGUGGAGAACAUGGGGCGGGAUAUGGGGGUGGAGGUGGUAGUGGUGGUGGUGGUGGUGGUGGUACUGGGGGUGCUGCUGGUGGAUAUGGAGGUGGCAAAGGUGGUGGAUCUGGCGGUGGGUAUGGUGCUGGUGGAGAACAUGGUGGUGGGUAUGGAGGAGGUGGAGGAAGUGGUGGUGGAGGAGGGGGAGGAUAUGGUGCUGGUGGAGCACACGGAGGUGGAUAUGGAGGAGGUGAAGGUGGCGGGGGAGGAUAUGGAGCUGGAGGCGCACAUGGGGGUGGCUAUGGAAGUGGUGGAGGCGGCGGUGAGGGAGGUGGCCAUGGUGGCUAUGCUCCUUGAGAAUGCCCCCUCUUUUUUAUCCAAGAAAAAUGCAUCUACUUAAUUAAAUUGCCCUUAGUGGGUAAAAAGUAUAUCAUAACUAUUAAAAAUAAGUGUUAGUUUCAUAUAUUUACGAGCAUAAUGGAUGAAAUCAUUACUUGUAAUCAAUGUAUGCUUUCAAAUAAUAAUAAUAUGAGUAUUCUCCUACAAA